CCCUCCCUAAAAGAGUGUAAGGCUAAAGGCUCAAAACCCGUUUCAACGUUAAAGCUCGGGAUAUCUUCUCUCAUGGCGUCUAGAUGUCGAUCGAUCUCAAGACCUGCUCAAAACUUCCUGAAAUCGGCCAUGAAUAAACCCAGCGGCAAAUCCAUUCCGUCAACGCGAAGUCGUCUCUUGUCUCCUACCUUUCCAAGGUUACCUUCUGAGAUGGGUGGUGUCCUAUCUCUUCUCCCCUUUCACAGCGCAGUUUCUUCGGCUCGUCUCACAUCGUGUCUCGGCAUGGACUUGAGUUGUAGAUCCCGGUCUCAGGGUAUGCUCUGCCGUGCAAAUCCUGGAGUUUGAUCUCCAUUUUUAUCUUCGUAUGUAAUUAGGUCUCAGCGUGCCAAGAUAAAGAAAGAUCACGAAGUUAAAAGAAGUCAAUGGUUUGAUAGAGAUUGGUCCAAGGUAGAGGAAGAAUAGAGGAGAAAACUUGGAAUCAUUAUCUGAUUCACAACUCUGUAAUAGAGAAAUAAUUUUGCAGCAUAUGGAAUUCCAGAGUUUUUGGAAUACUGCUCUCUUGCCAUUGAUGAAACUCCCUCCCUCUUUGGAUUCAAAAUUUUUGUUCAAUUUCUCUUUGCUCCACCCCUUCUUCGGAUUGAUUUUCCUUUCUGUUGAAGCAAAUGCUACAACUUUGAAUUGGAUAAUUAAAUUCUUUUUUAAAUGUGUUCUAUUUUGACUGAUCAAUGGAAGUAAACAUCAUUCAAUCAA